AAAUGAUAUUAAAAUGGCAGAAUAUGUGAGACGACCACCAGAUCAAAAUUCUCCAAAAUCUAGUCCAAGGGGGUCGAGAUCUCCCGCAGUCAUACGGCAGGACUCAACCGGGACUCUACGGACUACGAUAACUCUCGGAAAAAAUCCAACCGUUAUCCCAAGUGGUCCUUUUUACUUGAUGAAAGAGCCUCCAGCACAAAGUGAUACAACAGGUGCAACAAACUUGAUGCAACACCAUGGCUUGGAGCAUUCAUACAAUAAGAUGACAGUUAAAAAGGUUAAAGAGCCCCUGAGUGCAUUUUUGCCCAACCUCCCAGGCAACAUAGAUACACCAGGACAUCAAGAUAAUAGUUUGCUACGAGGCUUGAUCGAAAAACCACCAAUAUGUGGAAAAGAGAUUUUACCUCUUACACAGAUGGCAGGCUUCAGACUUCACCCUGGACCGUUGCCUGAGCAAUAUCGAUUGAUGAGUCAUCAGCCACAGAAGAAGAAGAAGCAUAAAAAACACAAGCGAGAAUACAAGCCGGGUGAUACUCCAUCACACGAAGACAACAUGUCAGAUGCAGCACACGAACGAAAACACAAGAAACAAAAGCGGCACGAUGACGACAAGGAGAAGCGGAAAAAGAAAAAGGAAAAAAAAAAAAAAAAGCAGAAGCACAGUCCAGAUCACCCGACACUUGGAAGCACAAAUGGCGCCACCUCGAAAAUGUCGUAGCUAAUAUCAAGUGCCACAGUCACACACUGCACACGAUUAGAUUGGGCAUCAACUCUCACCCGUUUAGCGGCGAUUCAACAGAGGCCC